AUGUUCUCUCGUUCCUUUGCUGCUGUGGCCGUUGUGGCCGGCCUGCUUGCUUCCCCGAUCUCAGCCAAGACUGACUACGACGGAUGCACCUCGUCCGAGACGAUCGCGUAUGGUGGCGCGAGCUUGAUCUGGUAUGUCCCAGAUACAGGAGGUGGCCGUGCCCCACCCAAGACUACUGUUCCCGGCUGUGAUGGUUACUCGGGCACGGCGUCUUAUACGCCCUCAUAUCUUCCCGGAUUUGGCAGCGCCACCUCGGAGGCAUCUGCCCAGGCCACUCAGACCAGCCAACCAUCAAGCACUAUUGAGGGUGCUGAAUCGACUAUCACCACCGCCACUGGCGCGGACAGCACCACUGUCCUUACUGGCACCGCCUCGCCAACUAUCACCUCGGCGGCAACCCUCAGCACCUCAGUCAGUGGAUCCGCAGCAUCUAGUGCCGCCUCCUCAACAUCGAGCAGUGUGGCAACGGGAGCAGGAGCUGUGGCCACAGCCGGGCCUAUCGGUAUGGUCAUUGGAGUCGUCGCUGGGGCUGUUGCCAUGCUAUAG